AUGGUGCAACAUUUGCAGGAGGAAAGUGUUCAGAACAGUGUUCUGAGACAGCGGAGGAAUGUAUCUACAACUGAAGAGGACUCAGAAGAGGAAAAGACUGGUACCGGAAGGGCAUUAUCCACAGACCACACCGAGGCUGAGGAUGCUGAGGACUCAGAUGAUUCUGGGGAACAUUUGUACAGAUCUGACCACGACUCUGACUACGGCGACUUAGACACAGUCACUGGCCGUGUGCUACGCGGUGCUAAUCAGAAGCAUCAGCUCUCUCGCCGCGUGGAAAAGCUGGUGCUGGACUUCCGUCAGAAGCAGGAGCUGUUCAAGCGCCGCCGCCGCGACCUGGCGCAGAACCUGGCACAGAGCUACCUUGCCCGGGGAAUUCGAAAGGAGUUCAUGCAGCAACAGCAGCGCAUCGUCUUCCGGAGCAAGCAGAUGGCAAGGAAACUGCAAAGCGGGCGUUCUCGCGCUUGGCGGCAUAAAUGGGUGUUCGCCCUGGUCCAGAUGGAUUUCGCGGUGACAGCGUUUUGGUUAGGAGCAUCCCCUCAGACCUUCUACCUCUACUACACUGCCCAAAUGGCUGUGGUAAUGUCCUCCAAGGCAUGUGAUUACAGAUUCACUGCUCAGCAUUACUUCCUGCUAGACUUUUGCUUCUUUGCCAAUCUCUGCACAGUGUUGUGGCUGUGGGUCUUCCCUACGUCUGGCUACCUCUUCAAUGCGAUCGAGUCUUUCUGCGGUCUGCUUGCGAUCUCCGUAGUUGCGUUCAGGAACUCCUGUGUGCCACAUGACUUUGCUCGCAUUUCCAACGCUUAUGUGCACUAUCCGCAGAUCCUGCUGGUGCUGAGCUUGAAGUGGUGUGAAGGUAACAAGUGUGCAGGUAUGUCGGAAGGACGUGCAGAAAGAUGGUCUAUCCGUUUUUGGCAAGCCUGGUCUGUCUACAUGAUCUGGGCUGUCGUCUAUUCAUCUGUUAUCUUCGGCUUCGCACGCAAGCGUAUCGAACGAAAGCAGAGAGACACUUUAUAUGGAUAUUUUGCAGAUAAGCUGGGCUUCAAAGACAAGCUUCCAAACUUGCUGAGGCCGCACUCCGGCAUGGUCUUCAUGCUUGGGCAUCAAGCUCUUUUCCUUGCGGGCGUAGGUUUCCUGUGGAUUCCUUUUCCAGUGCAAGUUCUUGCGGCCCUCCUGGCUAUUGUCACCUUUUUCCACAAUGGAGGUCGCUUUUACGUAGACCACUUCUGGAAGGCCCAUGAGCGAAAUACUGUUCUCUACGUGGACGCAGCCAGCAGUAUGAUGUCAAGCACUGCCAAUGAAAUACCAACUAGCUGCAGUAGCCUUGACAGCAAAGAGGCUUUCGCUGCCGGAUGGUCGCGCCUUGGUGCGUGCUCCUCGCAGAGCUCCAGUGACUCGAGGCUUGGUCUGUCUGACAGUGAGUUUGUUCCAAUUGCUGAUGGAUUCCGGAUGAUAGUUCUGGCCAAUAGGCCCGGCUUUCCUUUCCUUGGAAAUGACUUCUACCGCGUCUGUGGAGACGUCUUUGACUGCCAUGCUGUCGAGUGCCUGGACACGGAAAGCGAGCUUGAGCUGCUCCGGCAAACUGCGCCACUUGUGUCGCAGGAAAAGCUUGUAGCUUUGUCGGACCUCUUCAUGGACUUGCGCAAGCUUUCGGACUCCGGGCAGCUGGCAUAUCCGUACUCCACUCGUGAUCUGGUCAAACUUGCAGCCCACGCACAGAACUUUCCAGGUGAUUCUCGAGAGGAGCUGGCGGCAAACGUCUUCAGCUUCGACGCGUUUCAGGCCGACCAGCGCGAACGAUUGCUCAAGGUAUUGCGCCGCCAUGGCUUUGCCAAGGGAAAGGCUGGCGAGGCAGCAUUAUUUGGAGAAUGCCGUGGAAGCAAGCAAAUCCAGCUGGCAAGUUCUGACCAUUCAGUGACUUGA